CAUGACGAGUGGUCACUGUGAGAGCGAGAGAUGUCUAAAGAAAACGGGAAGGAAAAUUAUAUUUUCCCUUGAUCUUAAACUAACCUGCUAGCUAUUUCAAGUGGUAUUUAGCUAGCUAUUCCGGUUUCAUUGUUGUUGUUUUUAUGGAUAUGAAAACGUCCAGACAAAGAGAAACAGAACGUGAAGCUCCGUUUUGCUUAAAUCACCCUUCUGUUACCAAAAGCAGAUAGAUAAUAUGGAAGAAGGGGCACAUUGAGGGAGCUCACACAAGCAAGACCUGCAUUCUCAAGUUUGCGGUAUAUACUGGGAUGAUUAUUCUCUUCAUAAGUGGACAAAAUGCCCUGACUUCCAUGCAAUGGAGGGUUUAAGCUUCUCUAUGGGUUCAGUGGUGAUUCCCAAGACCUUGCUGCGCAUUCAAGGCUUUGGUGCAGCGGUCCUGGGGCUGAUCGUGUUGGUUACGAUGACCACAGCAGCUUCACCUGCAGCAGUAGACUGUUCUUCGUUGGAUCCCACCGUGUUGGAUAAGUUUCAGGAAGAAGCAUCAAGCUGGACUGAAUCACCCUCAGCCUUAUUCGUUUCACACACUGAGGCCUCUGAGCACCCAGACGACACUACAACUACAGCUCUCCCUUCACCUGGUCACCUACCACCUGAAUCUACACUAACACUUACUCAAUGGGGUAUUUCAGCUUCUCAAAACUCCAAAUCAUUGACUUCUAGAGAUCCCCUCCCCAUUGGUCCAGACCCUCUCUUCACUCCCACUUUCAGCUCCUCAGAGCCUGUGGUUGGCCUUCAGCAACAACCUAAAGGCCCUACCAGACUCUCAAGGGAUCUGAAGCUCUAUGGUCCUAACUCAACCAUGGCGAUUUUCUCUCCAACCCUUGUUACAGUACCACAACAGAAACCUCUCGGACCACAGUCCACCAAAUCCACAACACCCUUGAACUUCUCUACAGCCACCAGUUGGACUACAUUGGUACAGUUCAUUGUCCCAAACUCUAAUGAGAGAGCUCCAGAUGAACCUCCAUUAUUAUCCCCCAGCAACCAGCAAGACACAUCAAAACAGACAACUCCUGCAUUUAUGACAUCACUUCCUGUUGGACCCCUCGACCAGCCUAGACUGCCUGUUGACGAUCUGGUAGAUGUAGAAGCCAUGUCAGACCAAGCCAGGCCAGAGUCUAAACCUAAUCCAGACAUGUCCCAGAGCUUAGGCGAUCUCUUGCUGGAUCCCAAACUGCCCCUUGAUCCCUCAAGUAGGUUAAUCUAUCUGGAUCACCUUCGCCCCAGCAGUGAGCUCAUGCAGAAGGACGAUGCUGCUCAAGAUAUCCACAUGCUCCCGAAACCAUCACCUGAGAUGCAGCUGGCUCCCAGCUACGUGCCUUUUCUGAACCCUCACACCACAUCCUCCUCGUCCGAGGCCACCAUGGUCCCUCCUGAGGACUUCUUCCCCACCAACACCAUGGUGGUGGAUUGGGGCUCUGGAGACUACCCGGAGACCGCGUCCUACAUGGGCUUGGAAAGGGACGACUUCUCCCUGGUCACCAACCUGCCCACGGACAUGUACGACCUGGAGGACUCCAACGCGGAAAGCUACGACACCUCAUUCCCCUCCAGGGUCGGCGUGUCCUUCUCCUCGAUGCGUCACAUGACGUCUUCACCUAGUCUCACAACAGCGGCUUACAGCUCUAGCGUUGGAAGUGUGGCCCCCACGUCCGUUCCUCUCUCCAUCCAUCCCUCUCCCAGUCACACCACGCUAGCCUCAACACAAAUACCAACACCUCAAGGUGAUGUACUAGGAGGUUCAGAUGUUGACUGGAAAGAUACCUUUAUGGUUGAACCAACAGACCUUCUCCUACCAGACAUGAACAGCCUGGAGUACUACACCAUCCAGCUGACCAAGGAUGACUCAGAAGAACACAGGGGCACUAAUGUGACCACCACCUCCAGGCAUUUCUCCCUGAUGUCCAUCAGCACCACGCACAUCGUGGCCACCAGCACCUUCACUGUGGACCUCAGCCACAUGCUCACAGCCUUCUAUGGAGUGGAUGGAGUGGAGGUCCAGCCUUCUGACAACACUACCUGGCUCGAAGAGUCCUCCGCUGAUAUCUCCAGCUCAGAGCCUCUGAAUACGACCACAGCAGACACUACGGAGAUGACUCCGCUGAAUGUCUCAGUGCCGUUCCUGGAGGCUUCAGUAGCGCCAACCCCCUCCAUGGACCUCUCGUCCUCCCUGUGGGGUGUCACUGGUCAGGUGUCCGGUGAAUGGACGAGCCCUGUGGCCACCUACAGUGUCGGACUGGACAACAGCUCUGUCUUAGUGUCAGUGCAGCCUAGUGCUACUGCCUCGGAGACAGACAUCCUGUGGUACGUCUCUCCCUCCGCCACAGAGACGGCCCUCCUCAGCACCUCUCUCGUAACUCCUGUGGUGACCACCUCUAUCGCCUUCUCCCCAUUUCCCGGCCAGACAGAAUUACCCCCCAAUGUCACCUCAGGCCCGACAGAACCAGCCACCAAUGUCACCACCAUCCCCCCGGUGUCAGUCAUGGCUGACCAAGGCAUUGAUACUGAUAGUCCUGUCACAGCAGUGACCAACGACAGCCAGACUACAGUUAGCGGUGUAGACAUCGCCACAACUGAUCAUGCCACCACUACUACUACCAGCAUCACCACUGAGGCCUCUACAACCACCACUACCACCACCCUCCUAACUAAUACUAAGAGCCUGCCUACAACCAUAGGUCGCCAGUACCUCUGUGACGUCACCAAGCCUGUGUACUUUGUUAAAGUCGAUUUUCCGGCCGGGGCCACUGUUGGAUAUGCCAAAUCCCAAGUCCGAGAUGUCCUGAAGACUGAAUUCAAUAAGUCAGUUGAACUGCAGGUUGCUAAGAAUCCUCCAGACUUCGUGUUCCGGGCUGUGUCUGGUCCUGUGGUGUACACAGCCAUAUCAGUCAUCAACGCCCUGCGCCGGUCAAGUCGACACUUCCUGUCCAUCUCACACUACUGGAAGGUACCAGACCACCAAUACCAGGUCCACUCAGUGCUGCAGUUUGUGCCCAGGCACAUUGACGUGCGCGUCUGCAACUUCAGCGAGCGCAUUGAGAAAGGCCUGACCAUGGCGUACGCCGAAGUGUGUCGGCGCUCGCAGGAGUCCACUAACUUCACUGUGGAUAUUGUGAACAUCACCAUGAACCAGCCAAGUAGUCAGCAGAGGGAGCCGGUGGACGUGACCUUUGCGGUGCGUGGGGCCAUCGGCUACCUGAAGGGGUCAGAGGUCAGCAACCACCUGAGGCUGCUCAACAUGGUGGAAUUCAGCUACUACCUGGGCUUCCCCGUGCUGCAGAUCGCCGAGCCUUUCCACUACCCGGAGUUGAACACCACCCAGUUGCUUCGCUCAUCUUGGGUUAGAACAGUGUUGCUGGGUGUGCUGGAUCAGGGGGUGGACGCGCGGACCUUUCAGGCCAAGAUGGAACGUCGUGUGGCCCUCCUGCUAGGAGAAGUGCUGGGGGCGGCCAGGCGCACCAAGAGGGCCACCAGCGUGGCUAACCACAGUGUUCAGAUUGUGACUACGACCAGGCUGGUGGGAGCGGAACAUCCCCUGGAGAUGGUGUACUUUGUGGAGGGUCCCAGCGGGGAGCGGCAGCCUGCAAUCACUACAGCCAACAUGCUGAACCGCCUUGACGUGCAGAGGGCAGCCAUCAUACUGGGAUACAGAGUGGAGGGCAUCCUGGCUACACCUGUGGAGAAGGUGGCGGGCUACCCUCCCACGGACACGGAGAACACCAGCGUGUGGAUCAUCGUCGGCGUGGUGGUGCCGCUAGGUGUGGCCAUCGUCAUCAUCUCCAUCCUGUACUGGAAGCUGUGUCGCACCGACAAGCUGGAGUUCCAGCCCGACGCCAUGACCACUGUCCAGCAGAGACAGAAGCUCCAGGCUCCCAGUGUGAAGGGCUUUGACUUUGCCAAGCUGCACCUGGGCCAGCACAGUAAGGAUGACAUCAUGGUAAUCCAGGAGGCUGGUGCCCCCGGCCCUCCCUUGCCCAACCUCAGCGCCAAGGAAGCCGCAUCGGAGAACGGCGAGGUCCCCACCCCUAAGUCAAAGGGGACCUCCGUCUCCUCCACCAAGGCAUCCCGCAGCGCACGCAGACGAGGAAGGAUCUCUCCAUCGGACGGGGACUCCAUGGUGAGCGCUGGGUCCAGUGAUCGUGAGAGGGAGUCAGCCGAGGAGAACCUGAGAGCUAUCGCCAUGCCAAACGACAGCAAGCAGGCCCGCAAGAUCCCCAUCAAUGUUUUAAAUGGUCCUCCACCCAUGAACGGCCAUGACGAGCAGCUGUCGUCGGCCUCCAUCUUCGAGCAUGUGGACCGCAUGUCCCGCUCGGCCGACGACAGCCGGCGCUUGUCCAAUAAGAUCCAGCUGAUCGCCAUGCAGCCCAUGGCCUUCCCAGCCCGGCGCCACGGCGCCACUGUCAACGGUAUCAAUGGCAGUGGGCAAGAAACACACAACAUCUUCAACAAGGAGACCCAGGUGGCGUUGAGGCACAAGUCUGAGAUCGAGCACCACCGGAACAAGAUCCGUCUGCGGGCCAAGAGAAAGGGUCACUAUGACUUCCCUGCCAUGGACGACCUGGUGGACAACGGUCUGACCACUGACCCUAAGGACCAGGACCGCAUCUACCACAAGGCCCAGAUGCAGAUCGACAAGAUCCUGGACCCCGACAUCCACAUGCCCUCGCUGUUCAUGGAGCCUAAAAAGAGGGGGAGGCGUUCUCCCAAGCAGAAGAAGAAGCACCAGCUGAACGGCAGCCUGACGGACGCAGACAAGGACCGCCUCAUCUCCAACGACAGCGACGGCACCUACAGGAAAUACCCUGGGGUCAACAACGUGGCCUAUGUGUCAAAUCUAGUCUCUUAUUGUUCCCAGUCGGACCCUGACCAGGCCCCAGAGUCCGGGACCCCCUCCCCCAACGACGACGUCUUCCUGGGCCCAAACUCGCCCCCUCCGGGGCAUGCCCCUCCCCCGCCCCCCUACAUGCCCCCCCAGCCCUCCAUCGAGGAGGCCCGGCAGCAGAUGCACUCUCUGCUGGACGAUGCCUUUGCCCUGGUCUCCCCCACCUCCCAGGGCAGCACGGCCGGCCUCACCCUAACUGGUGUCAACUCCAACCUCCCCAGCUCCAGCCCCCCACCCCGCGGUGGAACCCGCCCCUGGGGCUCGUCUUACCCAGCACUCAGCCCCUUCUCCUCGAGAUACGCUGAGUUAGGAAUGUCCCCUCCUUCAGUCCAAGGCUUACUACAGCGACAGGGCCAGGGCUCCAGCUACCUGCCACCAGGUGACCCAGGACACGUUGAGCAGCUCCCCCCAGACAGCCACUAUUCCACCAGGGGCCUGUACACUGAAGACCUCCCCUUCUCAGCCAGGCCACGACCAGUAGGGGGCACCACAGGUGCCCAGCUCCAUCACCUGACCCAGAUGGGUCUUGGGAGCCGGAUCAACGGGGGGUACCCGGCGGGGGGUAGGGCCCCUCCAGGUCAGACUGGAGGUUCAGGGUGGGGACCGUACGCUGAUGAUGACUUCAGACCCACCAGAGACCCUGUUCUUCUGGGCUACCCUGACUACUCCUCCUCUAUGUUCCAGAUGCCUAGUAGAAGUGCACUAAGGGAGCCCUCAUCCCCCCUGGGCCACCUGGACACACACACAACCGGAUUCGGCUACCCUCCAGAGGAGUCCUCCUCUCCCCCCAACCACUCCUCUGCUUCCCUCAUCAAGGCAAUCAGGGAGGAGCUGCUGCGCCUCUCCCAGAAACAGCAAGCCGUGCCCAGCUACCACAGCUGAUCACAGAUGGCCUCCUCUGGUCCUCACUGAACCUUAACCUCUAAUACUACAUCCACCAGUCAUACCACUGCCCCUGCCUGCCUGCUCUAACCUAGCACUGCUUCCCAUGGAAGUUCCGUUGUACAGGAGGAGAAAGACAAGACCGUACUGUCUUGGGGCGGCAGGUAGCCUAGCGGCUAGAGCAUUGGGCCAGUAACCGAAAGGUUGCAGGUUCGAAAACCCGAGCCAACAAGGUGAAAAAUCUGCCGAUGUGCCCUUGAGCAAGGCACUUAACCCUAAUUUGCUCCAGGGGCGCCGUACUAAAAUGGCUGACCCUGGAAAACCACACAUUUCAAUGCACCUAUCUGCUGGGCUGGGUAGAAUGAGGAGGUUGUUUAUAUAUUAUAUGAAUGAACUGUUCUCUAGGCUCUGGAUCUUAGCCUCUGGCUUUCUUAACCCAGACUGUCCUAUAGCAUACAGUAUACUGGACCAAGUGACCCUAGUGGUUAGAAGGAGAAGGUGAAUGGUCCCCUGCUCUCCAGCGUUGGCCAAGGUAUCUCUGCCAAAGCCUGGCCAUGACCGCUGAUCCUAGCCCAGUUUUUUAUUUGAGGUGUUGUUGCUUUCUUUCUUUUUAAACAGCAUUCUAGACUCUCUAUGUGACGAUAAUAAGCAAUGUGGUUUGAUUCUCUCUCUCUCAUCCUGCCUUGACAUCCUAACAACAUUUUACACUACAGUGGAAUUUCUCUACCAGUAGGACAUCUGUCAUUUAGGCUCAAAACAUUGAUACCCAUGUUACCUUUAACAAUAAGGCAUCUUACCAUUACCAUGAGGUAUUUAUUUGGUUUUUGAAGAGCUUCUUACUUCUCCUCCAUCUUCCUUUGGUGCUUCUUUGUACGCUUUGUGUUUUUCCGUCAUGAUAUUGAUAUGCGCAAAUCUGUCAAAACACGCCCCAGGUGCAGGAUUACAUUGUUUUCCGCCACGAGCCACACAAUGCCUUUGUGUUAUGACAGCGUGAGGGAGUUCAACUGUCUCAAUCUACUGUACAGCUAAAAUCAGAGUUCAGAGCAGACCACGCUAGAAACAGACAGACAUAGACCUGCAAUAAUCAUACUGCAGCAACUCCCAUGCAUAAGUUUACCAAUGCAGUAGUGGAACCAGAGAUAUUGAAUGAUAGAGCACUGCUAGGUUUAGUUUGUAACUCGCCCCACUCUAAAUGAGCCUUGUUUAGAUUUUAUGUUGCUUCAGCACAAUGUCCACAUGUUUAUCCUGAUAUAUCCAGGUUACUGAUGAUGCUACCGUAUUAAGACUCUUUAAAUACCAAUGUAUGGUAAACUACGCUGAACAAAAAUAUAAACGCAACAUGCAACAAUUUCAAAGAUUUUACUGAGUUACAGUUCAUAUAAAGGAAAUCAGUCAAUUGAAAUAAAUUCAUUAGGCCCUAAUCUAUGGAUUUCAAAUGACUGGAAAUACAGAUAUGCAUCUGUUGGUCACAGAUACCUUAAAAAAAAGGUAGGGGCGUGGAUCAGAAAACCAAUCAGUAUCUGGUGUGAUUUACCAUUUGCCACCACAUCUUCACAUAGAGUUGAUCAGGCUGUUGAUUGUGGCCUUUGGAAUGUUGUCCCACUCCUCUUUAAUGGCUGGGCAAAGUUUCUGGAUAUUGGCUGUAACUUGAAGAAACUGUCGGACACGUCAAUCCAGAGCAUCCCAAACAUGCUCAAUGCAUGACAUGUCUGGUGAGUAUACAGGCCAUGGAAGAACUGGGACAUGUACAGCUUCCAUGAAUUGUGUACAGAUCCUUACGACAUGGGGCCGUGCAUUAUCAUGCUGAACCGAGGUGAUGACGACGGAUGAAUGACAUGACAAUGGGCCUCAGGAUCUCUGUGCAUUCAAAUUGCCAGCGAUAAAAUGCAAUUGUGUUCGUUGUCCGAAGCUUAUGCCUGGCCAUACCAUAACCCCACCGCCACCAUGGGGCAUUCUGUUCACAACGUUGACAUCAGCAAACCGCACACACACGACGCCAUACACGCUGUCUGCUGUCUGCCUGGUACAGUUGAAAGCGGGAUUCAGCCUUAAAGAGCACACUUCUCCAGCGUGAAAGUGGUCAUCGAAGGUGAGCAUUUGCUCACUGAAGUCGUUAACGACACCGACCUGCAGUCAGGUCAAGACCCUGGUGAGGAUGACAAGCAGGCUGAUGAGCUUCCCUGAGACGUUUGACAGUUUGUGUGGAAAUUCUUUGGUUUUGCAAACCCAAAGUUUCAUCAGCUGUCAGGGUGGCUGGUCACAGAUGAUCCCGCUGGUGAAAGAAGCCGGAUGUGGAGGUCCUGGGCUGGCGUGGUUACACGUGGUCUGCUGUUGUGAGGCUGGUUUGACGUACUGCCAAAUUCUCUAAAACUUCAGUGGAGGCAGCUUAUGGUAGAGAAAUGAACAUUCAAUUCUCUGGCAACAGCUCUGGUGGACAUUCCUACAGUCAGCAUGCCAAUUGCACGCUCCCUCAAAACUUGAGACAUCUGUGGCAUUGUGUUGUGACAAAACACACAUUUUACAGUGGCCUUUUAUUGUCCCCAGCACAAGGCGCUGUUUAAUCAGCUACUUGAUAUGCCACACCUGUCAGAUGGAGGGAUUAUCUUGGCAAAGGAGAAAUGCUCACUAACAGGGAUGUAAACUAAUUUGUGCUCAACAUUUUACAGAAAUCCGCUUUUAGUGCGUAUGGAAAUAUUUCAUUUCAGCUCAUGAAACAUGGGGCCAACACUUUACAUGUUGCGUUUAUAUUUUUGUUCAGUAUAUACAGUAGGACCACAGUAUUAUAGUUUUUCUAUAUAUAUGAAUAAUUCUAAGGUCAUUUAUUGAGUGCACAGGACCAAAUAUGUAUAAUCAUUAAUUUAUGAAUUCAUUUGUAGCAUUUUAUAAUGUUUUCUGACCGGCAGGCCUAAAUCAAAAUGAUUGACAGGACUGUACUAGGGAAUUGCGGUGUCUUCUCUAUUUUAUGAAGUGGAUAGAUUCGACCACGCAUUCUUAUCUAUUCAAUGCACUGUAUGCAGAUUACUGGGUGCACCUUGGCUUUUCACAGUGAAUAUCCUUCAGGCCACACCAACUAAAAUGUAGUUGAGAGAUUCAUAGGGUCAUUCAAUGAAAGAUUCAUAAGGUCAGGUCAAUGAAGCAUUGUAUUGCUAAAGGAAAUGCUGUCUUUUCCCUGCUGAGAAACAGGGCCAGUGGUCAUACACUGUCAGUCUAGGGGUAUUCAUAUUUCAUUUCCUCCUUUUUCAAUGCAGUAUUGAAAUGUUUAACGCUGUUCUUUUCCCACCGCAUUUUCAGAGUUUGAAAGGAAUCUGAAACUCAUGUACUGUAUUGUAAUUGUUCAACGUUUACUGUUCACAGUUAACCUGUCAGCGUAAGAUGUUUUGUGUAUUUGAUGUCAUUUUUAUUCUUGAAUGACCUUGCCUCAUGUUUUUUGUUCCUCCUCGAUGUGUCUUUGUUCAAUAUUGUUUUUAUUUAAUUUUGUUCGAUAGCAUUUUCGACAAACUCUCCACACAUUGCUAUGCUGUGGGGAUUGAAGUGAUAUUUUAUUUAAAUGAAAUAAAAGAGAAAGUAUUGAUUUUGGUUGCGGGGUUGAAAGAAAACAAACAUUUAUUCACUGACUUGGGCAAAGUAAUAAUGUACCAGUGUUGAACAUUGUCCCACAGGUUAACGCCAUAACACAAAAACAAACAGAGAAAAUCUGGAACCAAGCUGCACCAGCUACUGUAAUGUACAGCAGACACACACUACUCACUAUCCCACUGAGCACACACUGGUUGAAUCAACAUUGUUUCCACGUCAUUUCAAUGAAAUUAGGUUGAACCAACAUGGAAUAGAUGUUGAACGAACGUUUCCAACAUGUGCCUUACGGAUCCGCCCUCCCUUUGAUGGUCUCACACUAAUGUCUACCAUCCUGUCUCACACUACCUGCCUGCCUGCCUGCCUGCCUGCCUGGCUGUCUUUCAGAUAGUCUUAACCAGGCUCUGUUCACUCCAACAAGCACUGACUCUAUGGGAUCAUAGUACAGUACUGUAUGGCAUUUUUUGAACUACUGUAGUUUGAAGGUUGUUAAAAGGAUUUUCUCUCAACAAUGGUUCUAUUGGUCUUAGCAGGUGAUGCUACAGUAUGUCGUCGUCAAAUAAGCCCAGUGUUUAUUUAACACUGUUUCUGGCUGUAGUCGAAGAUAUACACCCAUGCAGUUGGACUGAGUUACCUGAUUUGGUGUGAUUGGCUUCGGUCACAACACUGUACUAUACUGUACUGUCCUGUACUCUAUGCCUCCACCUGCUGGUAUUGUAACCCCACUGCACCUCAGAUGUCAUUCAUGUUUUUUUUCCCCCCUUUAUGUUUGGCUGUUGUGUCUUGUUGUAUUGUGAAGGUCAUACUUUAUGUUGGCUGGCCCAACUAUAUUUUACGUGUUUAUUUGUUGAGUUGCAUGUGUCAUUCAUGUAAGGCUGUGUGUGGUUUGUUUUCCAUUUGUGUUGGCCAUGCUGUUCCGGAAAAAACGAUAGCUUUUAAAAAACCGAUGAAACCUAA